AUGAGUAUUAAUAUACACACAGUAAUAUUAGAUAUUGAAGGUACAACAACACCAAUUUCAUUUGUACAUACAGUAUUAUUUCCAUAUAUCAGAGGCAAUUUAGAGAAAUUUUUAAAUGAAAAAUGGGGAAGUGAAGAGUUAAAUGGUGAUCUUCAAGCAUUAUACCAAUUAUAUUUAGAUGACAAAAACUCAGUAACAUCACAAGGUAAUACACAACAAUUCGAUACACCAGAGGUAUUAAACCCAAUCGGUUCAGAUUUUAGCAAGGAACAAAUACUCGAAUCUGUAAUUCGUAAUGUCAUAUAUCAAAUGGACAAAGAUAGAAAAUCAACUGCAUUAAAGCAACUUCAAGGACACAUGUGGAAAGAAGGUUAUGAAAAGGAAUUAAUUAAAGGUAUAGUUUACAAUGAAAUACCCAAAUGUUUUGAAACAUGGAAAUUAAACAAUUGCAAUAUUUAUAUUUAUAGUAGCGGUUCAAUAGCAGCACAAAAAUUAUUAUUUGGUUACUCUAAUUUUGGUUCUCUUUUACCUUAUAUCAAGGGUCAUUUCGAUACAACUAUAGGAGGUAAACUCGAGUCUUCAUCAUACGAAAAAAUCGUCCAAUCUAUCAACGCUGGCGAUAAAUCUGGUUACCUUUUUGUAACAGAUGCUAUUGCCGAAGCCAAGGCUGCCAGAGAAGCAUCCAUCAACACCUGUUUAAGUAUGAGAGAAGAAAACCCAGAAAUAGCCGAUAAGCAAUUAUUAUCAACUUUUGACCAAGUUUCUUCAUUUGAUAAAUUAUUUAAUAAUAAAUAUAAUUUUAAAAAUAAUUAA